GCCCGACGCUUCUUCUGGCGAGUUGCGCGACUCCGAGUCGUUACUCUGCGCUCCCUCCCGGCGGGCGGCGGCGGCGGCGGCGGGCGGCGGGCGCCGGGACUCACGGGCCGGGGCUUCGCGAGGCUGGAGAAGCCAGGCCCAGGCCGCGGGCACCGGGCCCUCGCAGCUUCGGACGCAGUGUAACUGGAUUUCCGAAAAGAACUCGCUGGGCUGCUGGCUCCAAGGCGCCGAUCGGACUCGGAGCGAGAAUCACCCGUUUGGCAGAAACUUGGGGGCCGAGCUUUUGGGGCUGAGGAAGGAGCCGGGGAGCAGAAAAGGAGGCGAAGGAGGCGGCGGCGGCGGCGGCGAGCAGAGCCUCGAGGCGAGGAGGCGGAGCAGCACGGCCGAGGCGGCGGCCUCGGCUCGCAGGCGGCGGCGCCGGGCUCUAGCCUGCCGGGGGCCGGACUCGGUGUGGGGGCGCGUGCGUUCCUGCGCGCCGUGGGUCGACAGACUUUGGGCAAACUUUGAAGGGUAACCGGAGACGCUUGCUGCUCCUCGCCGCAGAAAAAGCCGCACCGUUACGUCGCAGCGGGAGAAUAAAGCGGCCCCACUCGGCGCCCCCGGCCCAGGCUGGCGGGUUUGGGCCCCCAGCGGCUGCUAGAGGGCUGGGCGGAGACGGCUGCGGCGCCCCCGCGGCGCGGGCACCCCAGCUGCAGCGCCCUCGGCUCCGCGCCGCCCACGGCCCGGCCUCGGCGCCGGGAGGACUCUCAUGCGCGGGGCGCGGCUGCGCCUCCUCGGAUCCGAGCCUCUCCCGGCUGCCUCUUCGCGCUCUGCGGGCUGAGAGCGCCGCUGCACCCGCGGCCGGCGAUGCGGGGCCCCGGCGCGGCCGCGUCGCGCUCGCCCCUGGGCCUGUGCACCCUGGUGCUUGCGCUGCUGGGCGCGCUGCCCGCCGGCGCCGGGGCACAGCCUUACCACGGCGAGAAGGGCAUCUCAGUGCCGGACCACGGCUUCUGCCAGCCCAUCUCCAUCCCGCUGUGCACGGACAUUGCCUACAACCAGACCAUCCUGCCCAACCUGCUAGGCCACACGAAUCAAGAGGACGCGGGCCUCGAGGUGCACCAGUUCUACCCGCUGGUGAAGGUGCAGUGUUCUCCCGAACUGCGCUUCUUCCUGUGCUCCAUGUACGCACCCGUGUGCACGGUGCUGGAUCAGGCCAUCCCGCCGUGCCGCUCUCUGUGCGAGCGUGCCCGCCAGGGCUGUGAAGCGCUCAUGAACAAGUUCGGCUUCCAGUGGCCCGAGCGGCUGCGCUGCGAGAACUUCCCGGUGCACGGCGCCGGCGAGAUCUGCGUGGGCCAGAACACGUCCGACGGCAACGGGGGCCCGGGCGGCGGCCCCACAGCCUACCCCACCGCGCCCUAUCUGCCGGACCUGCCCUACACCGCGCUGUCCCCGGGGGCCGCUGACGGCAGGGGCCGCUCUGCCUUCCCGUUCUCGUGUCCCCGCCAGCUCAAGGUGCCCCCCUACCUGGGCUACCGCUUCCUGGGCGAGCGCGACUGCGGCGCCCCGUGCGAGCCAGGCCGUGCCAACGGCCUCAUGUACUUUAAGGAGGAGGAGAGGCGCUUUGCCCGUCUCUGGGUGGGCGUGUGGUCAGUGCUGUGCUGCGCCUCGACGCUCUUCACCGUGCUCACCUAUUUAGUGGACAUGCGGCGCUUCAGCUAUCCGGAGCGGCCCAUCAUCUUUCUGUCGGGCUGCUACUUCAUGGUGGCCGUGGCGCACGUGGCCGGCUUCCUGCUGGAGGACCGCGCGGUGUGCGUGGAGCGCUUCUCAGACGAUGGCUACCGCACGGUGGCGCAGGGCACCAAGAAGGAAGGUUGCACCAUCCUCUUCAUGGUGCUGUACUUCUUCGGCAUGGCCAGUUCCAUCUGGUGGGUCAUCCUGUCGCUCACUUGGUUCCUGGCAGCCGGCAUGAAGUGGGGCCAUGAGGCCAUCGAAGCCAACUCGCAGUACUUCCACCUGGCCGCGUGGGCCGUGCCCGCUGUCAAGACCAUCACCAUCCUGGCCAUGGGCCAGGUGGAUGGGGACUUGCUCAGUGGGGUGUGCUACGUGGGCCUGUCCAGCGUGGAUGCGCUGCGGGGCUUCGUGCUGGCACCUCUGUUCGUCUACCUCUUCAUUGGCACGUCCUUCCUGCUGGCCGGCUUCGUGUCGCUCUUCCGCAUCCGCACCAUCAUGAAGCACGACGGCACCAAGACCGAGAAGCUGGAGAAGCUCAUGGUGCGCAUCGGCGUCUUCAGCGUGCUCUACACCGUGCCGGCCACCAUCGUCCUGGCCUGCUACUUCUAUGAGCAGGCCUUCCGCGAGCACUGGGAGCGCACCUGGCUCAUGCAGACGUGCAAGAGCUACGCGGUGCCCUGCCCGCCUGGCCACUUCCCGCCCAUGAGCCCCGACUUCACUGUCUUCAUGAUCAAGUACCUGAUGACCAUGAUCGUGGGCAUCACCACCGGCUUCUGGAUCUGGUCCGGCAAGACUCUGCAGUCGUGGCGCCGCUUCUACCACAGACUCAGCCACAGCAGCAAGGGGGAGACUGCGGUAUGAGCCCCGGCCCCUCCCCCACCCUCCCUUCCCCCAUCCCCUAGCAGGGGGAGAGGCGCGGGAAGGAGAGAACUGCGGGGGGGGGGGGGUCCUGGAACCUCCGGUCCCCUCCAAUGAGAAGUGACCUGGAAGAGAGAUGAUAUUUGUAGAUUUGGGGCCGGGGGUGGGUUUGGAAAAGGAGGCCCGGGUAGAAAGACGGUUCGGAUGAAAAGACUUAGUGGCAAAGACUUGCAGGAUGUUAAUGAUGGUGAUGACGGUAACGAUGAUGUUAAUCGUGUACGGUACGGGCCGACCUGGGCCUAUCGCGAUUGACCCAGCAGAGAUGGCUCUGAGUUCUUCCCGGCUCCAGGGCCAAACUGGGACUGGGAGCGAUGCCCCUGCUGCAAGACAAGUGGCCUGUCCUCACUCCUGUGAGGCCCGGGUGAAAGGUACAGCUUUGUCUGCGGCGGCGGCUUUGUUGGGAAAAGGGAGGACUCCCUGCGGUGUCCUUGUCAAGCGGUGGUCAAACCAUAAUCUCUUUUCACUGGGGCCAAACUGGAGCCCAGAUGGGUUAAUUUCCAGGGUCAGACAUUACAGUCUCUCCUCCUCUGGCCCCUCCCGCCUGUUUUUCCUCUCCUAGUCCUUUCAAGUCUUGUAAAAUAAGCAUUUGGAAGUCUUGGGAGGCCUGCCUCCUAGAAUCUUAAUGUAACGAUGCAAAAGAAAUGAAGAUAACAUUUCGAGAGGAGGCAGAGGAGAUGGGUAGUAGGUAUUUCUGCUACUUUUUUUUAUUUUCUCGGGAAAGCAGAAGGAAGAAGGUUUUAUUUGGUUUCAUACUCUGAAAAGAAGUGAUGACUUGUUGCUUUUCAAAACAGGAGUGCAUUUUUCCCCUGGUCUUUGUUGUAAGAGACAAAAGAGGAAACAAAGUGUCUCUCCUGUGGAAAGGCGUAACUGUGAAGACAGCAACUUUUAUAGGCAAAGUAGCACAAAUCAGAGCUUUCCCUUUGGAUGUUAAUUUGGCUGAGAUAAACAUUCCUUUUUAAGGAAAAGUGAAGGGCCGCCCGCUUCCAUACCCACAAUCCGUCAGAGAUUCUGACUUGGCUAAAGGGAACGCAAGGGGGUUUUGUUGUAUUUGUUUAAAAUAAAUUUUAAUUUAGAACACACGAUCCUAUCUACAGGCUCUAUUCAAAUGUUCAGAGGAAUUUCUUCCUUUAUUAUUUUUUAUGAACCUGCGUUUAGGUUUUCUAUUUUCCUCCAAUUUGAAUCCUUCAAGAUAAAAGGAAAAGCAUAAUGCCCUCAGCCUCCAUCAUAAAGAAGGUAAAUUUUUUAAAAAGUAAAGAACCAUUUGUCCUGUUUUCUUAGUUCCAUAAAUCCGUUUAUAAGACCUCAUGUGUGUGCUGACCCUGUCUUUGUGUGGCUGGGCGGGGAGAUGACCUACAGAAAUGACAGUGAAUGAAGCGGACAGUUCAAACCGUGGGUCCCAUUUUUUAAGGAAAGUCAUUAAAAGAAGGUAAACUUCAAAGUAAUUCUGGAGUUCUUUGAAAUGUGCUGCAUGACUUAAAUUUAUUAAUCUUAAAUCAUGUACUUUCUUUUCUAUAAUGGAACUGAUUCCUUUGCAUAAUGCUCUAAAGCUGAGCAGAGAAUCAUGGGGGCGAACCUUUCCUCCACCUUUGACAUCACCCUCCAAUCUUGCAACGCUAUCCUGUUUCUCAAAACAAUUUUUAAAUGCUGUUUUAAACAGUUUUUAAAUCCUAGAGGGUACUGUCAGGAGUAAAGUUACUUUAUAUAUGUAAUGUUCAGUUGAGUGGAGCUGCUUUUUACAUUAAAGUUAACAUCAACCUUUUGUGUCUUAAACCUCCAAAAGGGUCUCAUCUGUCAGAUUUUAAAACUCCCACUACACAGUUUUUGGCAUCUUUUGUGUUGUAUCUCUUGCAUGUGAAAUUUGUAAAAUAGAGACAAGUGCAGUAUGUAUAUUUUGUAAAUCUCCCAUUUUUGUAAGAAAAUAUAUAUUGUAUUUAUACA